UUUAAUGUUGUACAUAAUACAAAUAGUAAGAGUAUAGAUUAGAAAUUAGAAUUAAAUUCCAUAUUCCAUAGUUCGUACAGUUAAAAUAAAGAAUACAAUUCACGUCUUAAUAAAUUAAUUCAGUACUUAAGUUUAUGCUUGAUACAAUAGAAAUGGCCGCAGUUGAAUCACUUGUAAAAGUCGAAGAAAAACCUGUUAAUAGAGAAAAGACUUGCCCAUUAUUAUUAAGAGUGUUCUGUGCAAUGGGACAUCAUAAUAAUUUAUCGGAAUACUAUCGUGGCGCCGUACCUGGGAAUGAACUUCAAAUAUAUACAUGGAUGGAUGCUACACUACGUGAAUUGACUGGUUUGAUUAAAGAGGUAAACAUUGAGUCUCGAGUCCGUGGAACAACAUUUGAUUUUGUUCUAGUAUCACCGGAAUAUAAUAACUCAAGAUUUAAUGCAUUUGAAAUCGGACAUACUGUAGCUGGAAAUAGAUCUCCAGAUGAUUCGAAAACUUUAGGAAACACAAGAUUUACUAUUGGUGAUUAUUUGGAUGUUUGCAUAACUACUCCAGAACGUUUUAUGAGAAGACCAGCACCAAUGCGCUACCUUAAAAAAAAAAAACCUUUCAGUCAUUGAACAAUAAUUUGGUGUACUAGAUCAUCUAUAAGAAAUCACCUCAUCAUCCUAGAUAAAAUAUCAUGUUCAAUUGAAGUCUACAAUAUUUA